CCCGACAACGCCCCCUUCACUGCUGUACUCAAGUACGCGGCCGAAGAGUUCAAACAAACGCCGGCCACCAGUGCUAUCAUCACCGACGAUGGCGUCGGUAUAAACCCCUCGCAGACAGCGGGCGAUGUCUUCUUGAAACACGGAUCAGAGUUACGGCUCAUUCCCAGGGAUAGAGUGGGCGGUGGCCAGUGUUGACCCUCCCGUCCCCUUCCCCUCAAAACCUAAUCGUUAACCCAAUUGUCGU